CGCAAAGAAUUUUGGGAGAAGAGUGAUAAAAACAAAAACAAAAAUCGAUUUUUUGGAUAGUCUGAUCUAUUGACCCAAUCAGCAAAUCAAAACCCUUUUUUACAGAAGUUUACCUCUGCAACAAUGGCUGUUUAUCCUCUCCGUGACGGCGGCAAGAAGCAUUGGUGGUUCACACACAAGAAGCUUGUUGAUAAAUACAUUAAGGACGCAACGUCUCUAAUGGCGAGUGAGGACCAAACAGCCGCCGCUUCAGCCAUUCAUAUACUUGACGCCGCUUUAUCAAUCUCGCCGAGUUUGGAAAUUGCGUUAGAACUUAAAGCCAGAGCUUUGCUCUUUCUUCGUCGCUUCAAGGACGUGGCUAAUAUGCUUCAAGAUUACAUUCCAAGCCUCAAGCUCGCCGUGAACGACGAAGACAGAUCCGUUUUAUCCGACGGCUCUUACUCUUCCUCCUCCUCCGCUCAACUCUCACGGAAGCUUCUCUCUCCGGGCCGCGACUCCUCCUCCACCUCUUUCAAGUGCUUCUCUCUUUCUGACUUGAAGAAGAAAGUAAUGGCAGGGAUUUGUAAAACUUUCGAUAAAGAAAAACAAUGGCGAUAUGUAGUUUUGGGACAAGCUUGUUGCCACCUAGGACUAAUGGAGGACGCACUGGUUCUUCUUCAAACCGCAAAACGCCUUGCAACCGCCGAGUUUCGUCGUCAGAGUAUAUGCUGGUCUGAUGAUAGCUUCUCUCUCCUUCUCUCCGACUCAUCAUCCUCUUCUCCUCCACGCAAAGUCACCGAAUGCGAAACCGUCUCUCGCCUUCUCGCCCACACAAAACUCCUCCUCCGCCGUCGCGCCGCCGCAUUCGCUGCUUUUGACGCUGGCCAUUUCUCCGACUCGAUCCGCCACUUCUCCAAAAUCCUCGACGGCCGUCGUCGCCCGGCGCCGCAAGGAUUCCUCGCCGAUUGUUAUAUGCAUCGCGCCGCCGCUUACAGAUCCGCCGGAAAAAUCGCGGAGGCGAUCGCCGAUUGCAACAAAACCUUAGCUCUUGAGCCGUCGUGCAUCCACGCGUUAGAGACAAGAGCCGCGCUUUUGGAAACGGUUCGCUGUUUACCGGAUUCGCUUCACGAUUUAGAGCACUUGAGGAUUCUCUACAACACGAUCUUACGAGACCGGAAACUUCCCGGACCGCCGUGGAAACGGCACAAUGUGAAAUACAGAGAAAUCCCGGGAAAAUUGUGCGUUUUGACGGCAAAGUCGAAGUUUUUGAAAGGAAAAAUCGCGAAUGGAGAAAUUGGGAAUGCGGAUUACUACGGAUUGAUCGGAGUAAGACGCGGAUGCACGAGAUCGGAGCUCGAUAGAGCGAAUCUCUUGUUGUGUCUCAGACAUAAACCUGAUAAGGCUUUGUCGUUCAUCGAACGUUGCGACUUCUCCGAUCAUAACGAGAUUGAUUCCGCUAAAGAUCGAGCGAGGAUGUCUUCCUUGUUGCUUUACCGUUUGAUUCAGAAAGGUUAUUCCGUUUUGACGGCAACAGUAGUGGAGGAGGAACAGAGGAAGAAGACGAAGAUGUUGACGCAAAAGUCAGCGCAAACGGUUGGAGAACACGAACCGGUUGAAAAACCUGGUUCAAUAAAUAUAAACGGUUUCUCAGAAAUAAAACCGGGAAAUUCAAGCGCGUAUCAAGGAGUUUUCUGCCGAGAUCUAGCCGCGGUUGGGAAUUUACUAUCUAGGACCGGUUUUAACCAACCGAUUCCAAUGAAAUACGAAGCCCUCAGUUGUUAAAUAUUAACCGAGAAAAAAUACGAACCGAUUUGUGGAAACGACACCGUUUCGGGACGAGUGAAAAAUCAAUGACCGUCUAUGUAUAAUGCACGUAAGAAUGAAUUCCACUCGAAUUUUUGGUCACUUGAAAUAUUCGCCUCCUCUUUCUUGUUUCACCUAUCUUUACUUAUUCAGAGAUAAUGCUACAUU